CGUGAAUGAAUCGCACUCGAGACAGACGUAGUAACUGGUACUGGUAAUCGGUUCAAUGGCUUGAGUUUUAAGACCACGAAGUGACGACCCGCCUCCGCGCGGCACGCACUCUCACUAAGAGAAAUCCGGCUCGGUUCAUGUUGCUUGCCGAACGCUCAUCUUCUUCCUAAACCUUGUAAGCCCGAACGGGAGAAAUUUCACUCUCCCUAGCUACGACCCACCCACAGUCUUCAUGUCGGCUACGGUCUUCCGUCUAGCAAACCCUUAUAGUCUGCGGAGUUAAAUCGGGGCCUUGGUCCAGUGCUUUGCGACGACAUCCUCGUCUUCUUUCGUGCCUAGAUACUCAAGUUGAAACAGCAAGCAUGAAGUCUUUUGCGCCGACGCUCGCUGCUCUGCUGAGUUUGUACGAGGCCGCCCAAGCUGACUCCAAUUCCUGCGCUCGUUCGAACGCAGCUCCCGCCAAGGAUCAAGUAAAACUUGCAAACUGCUGCAAAACGCUUCAGGACGCCGGUUUGACUCACGUCCUUUACGAGGGUGAUGAGGAAUACAAGGCCCGCACAGCCUCGUACUGGUCUGUCAGUGCCCAGUUAACACCAGGAUGUAUCGUCCAACCCACCUCUACCGAAGAGGUGUCCCUGGCCCUGAAGACCCUCUCCGGAUACGGUGCGAGCGAUUGCCAAUUCGCGGUACGAAGCGGAGGUCACACGACCUGGGCUGGUUCCAACAAUAUCGAUAAUGGGUUGACUAUAGAUCUCGGUCUUAUGAACACAACGACUUAUAAUGAGGCCGAAAACCUGGCCAAGAUCCAGCCUGGAAACAGAUGGGGAAUGGUGUACGGCGCGCUCGAGCCUCAUGGAGUUACGGUUGGUGGUGGUCGAGCAAGCAGCGUUGGUGUUGCCGGGUUCUUGACCGGUGGAGGUAACUCCUUCUUCACUGCUCAUCGCGGCUUUGCUUGUGACCAAGUGCAGAACUAUGAGGUCGUUCUUGGUAGCGGAGAAAUCAUCAACGCCAAUGCGGAGAACAACAGCGACCUGUUUCGAGCUCUGAAGGGUGGAUCUGGCAACUUCGGAAUUGUUACCAGAUUCGACAUGCAAACCUUCAAGCAGGGAAACCUUUGGGGUGGCUCGAUGGUCUAUUCCAAAGAACAUACGCAAGCGCACAUCGACGCCUACACGGCCUGGGUCGACAACGUUGAGAACUACCCAGACGGCUCCAGUAUCAUCUUUUGGACCUAUCUACCUGCACUGAAAGACGUUGCCAUCAUUGCUGCGUAUGAAGACGUCGCCGGCAACGUGGCUCCCGCAGGAUUUGAUAAAUUCAUGGCCAUCAACCACACGUCUUCCACCAUGAGGCUAGCAAGCCACAAGAAUCUGACUGAUGAGCUUGAGCAAGCUAGUGGGUACCGUGAUAUCUGGUUCACGAUGACAUUCAAGAACAACCCUCGUAUCUUCAAGCAUAUCGUCGAUGCCCACCAGAAGUUUGUCGACGAAUGGAAGGCGGGGACUACCGACCACGACUUUAUCACCCAGUGCAUGUUCCAGGCAAUCCCAACAAUUUUCGCCAAGCACAGUGAAGAGCGCGGUGGCAAUGUUCUCGGUCUUGAACGUGAGAAGGACAACGCCAUCAUGCUCUUGUCCAACAUCGCUGUCAAGGGUGGUUCAGAUACUGAGGCCCGCGCAAGGACGCAGCUAAGAGCAUAUGGUGAGGAACUGCAAGCGUUUGCGGCUGCCCAGGGAGGGUCGGUCGAAUGGCAAUUCAUGAACUAUGCCGACUCCUACCAGAACCCUCUUGGAAGCUAUGGCGCAGAGAAUGUCGCCAAGAUCAAGGCCGCAUCGGCAAAGUAUGACCCCAAGGGUAUCUUUCAAACGCGUUGUCCCGGCGGCUUCAAGAUCUCAAAGCUGCAAGAUGCGACUCUUCCGAGGAGAGAGCUAUAACAGCGGUCUAACCUACUCGAACCGAUGAAAAAGGCGUGCUACGUAGCAAAAUCUGAGAGGAAACCUCAGUACAUACAAACAUAGAUUCAUGCCUUCACAUAGACUUAAUGCAUAAUCUUAAUUGAAUGGAAACUUUCAGUCAA